GCACAUUAAGACUUUGUAUACACAGUAUCGAUAAUCCCAAGUGCUGCCCAUUGGUCGAGCGCUAAAUCAAUGCGCAUGCACAAAUAACCAGCAAUAUCAUAUUAACCAAAGCGCCACAGCCACAGCAAUUACUAUUUACGAUCCUCAAGUUUAGUGCAAAGUGAGCGUGUCGGGCUGCAGACAGCUUUUAAUAAUAUGAGCGAUCUUAAGAUUGCGAAAAGUGAUGACUCCAUCAGUGGCAGAAGCUCGCCAACGUUUCUGCCGGAGGGCUAUUCCCAUUUUCAAGAGGGCAUCAAAUGGGUCUCCGAUUUAAUGGAGAUAGAGGAAUGCGAUGACGGCUGGCUGCGGGAUGCGGAGUUCAUAUGCAAACGGAUAAGUGAGGUUAUGUGCAAAAAGGAUUGGAUAUAUAAAUUUGUGCUGGAGCAUCUGCUAUCCACCGCCACCUUCUACAGGGGCUCCAAAAUCGAUGUGCCCCUGGACUUUGAGCAAUAUCUGCGCUUCUAUAUGCCAUUCCCUGUAACGCCCAUUUUCAAUAUCAGCCAGCCUGGCUAUAUAAACCUGUACGCGCCCACCACUCACCCGAUGAUCACCAAGGGCUACGUUAAUCCGGAGAACGUGCAGCUGCUGCUACGCGGCAAUCUGCGCGAUGCCAUCAACCAGCUGAAGUGCAUCUAUUGCGACAGCGGGGUGCAGUACAAGCUGAGCUAUCGCACGCACGAGAUCGGUGAUCAGGGCUUUGUCCAUGAGAUAUUGGCCUGCGAGAAACGCGAAUCGGGCAUGCCCAGCAUCAUAUCCUUUGUCUUUCUGCCGGCGCUCCAAUUCAAGUUCGCCGACUUUCCGCUGCCCACAUUUGUGCCCUCCGGUCCCGCCUGGGCGCACUGCAACAAUGUCUACUACUGGCUGGCCCUGCUCCAAGUCUAUCCGCAGUACGAUCAUCGCAGCUUCUGUCCGUAUGUGCCGCGCAUGCAGUUCAUACGGGAUGAGCGCAUGGUCAAAUAUCGCAAUGUUCUGCGUCUGCUGGUCAAGAUCGGCAUCGGCAACAAUAUACCAGAUAUUUCGGAUAUAUUUGUGCUCAAGGGUCUGCACUUUUUUCGCCUGCGCUACAGCAUGAACUGCGAUUGCAAUCUAUCGCUGGCCACGCUCUUUAUGGAGCUGCUCAACAUACACACGCAGAUCAUCUACAACGAUGCCAUGCAGAAGCUACUCAUCUUCGGCGGCUGCCAGCAGCAUUCGAUGCAGGAGGCGCUGAAACUGGACACGAUUGCACGCAACGUCUCGAUGUUCUAUUAUAUGAACUAUAUACACUUGGAGCACUUAAAGCAUAUGUUUGGGCUGAUCUGAACGAACAUAGAGCGCAUCGCAUUUCGAAUUCUUCACAGAUUGAAAGACUAGAACGGAGCUCAGAUUACGUAUACGCCGUGUGGCACAAACAAUUGCUUCGAUUUUUGUUUAUAUACAUAUAACUUUAGCGCGACAGCUGAGCAAACACAUUUGUCAGCUGGAAUUUAUAUAUAUAUAUAUAUAUGUAUAUAUAUAUAUAUAUUUAUUGGGUGUGUAUUUCGAUAAUGCACUUGGCAACGUUCAUGCGUAAAUAUGCCACAAAUUUGUUUAUUUACAGGCUAUAACAAAUGAUACGCUAACAGCUAGAAAGUUAACAACGCCUACAGCUAACAAUAAAUAGUUACAGCAGAAUAAUCAUUAUCAUAAUAAUAAUAA